CUAAGUGCAUUGCUAGCACAGUUGGUCCGAGCUGCUGAAAGGUCUGGUCGCAGAGACGGGAACGCAGCAUCCUCAGCGUGCUCCAUCCCGGCAGCGUCCUCCUGCGCUCGCCCGGGCAAAGAGCCUCUGGAUAACAGCUCCUCUGCUUCUCGGACAAGCCUGAUGAAGUCCUCCGAUAUCGACCAGGAUUUAUUUACCGACAGUUACUGCAGGGUAUGCAGUGCACAGCUGAUAUCCGAGUCCCAGCGGGUCGCCCAUUAUGAGAGUCGAAAACAUGCAAGCAAAGUCCGGCUAUACUACAUGCUUCAUCCCAGGGAUGGUGGGUGUCCUGCCAAGAGGCUCCGGGCAGAAAAUGGCAGCGAUGCUGACAUGGUGGACAAGAAUAAAUGCUGUACGCUCUGUAACAUGUCCUUUACCUCAGCUGUGGUGGCCGACUCACACUACCAAGGCAAAAUCCACGCCAAAAGGUUAAAACUGUUGCUAGGAGAGAAACCUCCAUUGAAAACCACAGCAACACCCCUGAGUUCACUUAAGACCCCUCGGGUGGACACGGCUCCUGUGGUCGCCUCUCCCUACCAAAGAAGAGACUCAGACAGAUACUGUGGUCUCUGUGCGGCCUGGUUUAAUAACCCACUGAUGGCUCAGCAGCAUUAUGAUGGCAAGAAACACAAAAAGAAUGCAGCACGGGUUGCCUUGCUAGAGCAGCUUGGGACAUCUCUGGAUCUCGGGGAGCUAAGAGGUCUGCGGCGCACCUACAGAUGUACCACCUGCAGUGUGUCGCUCAACUCCAUAGAACAGUAUCAUGCACAUCUGCAAGGAUCGAAACAUCAGACCAACCUGAAGAAUAAGUAGUGAAAGGAUCAAUCAAAAGCUAAGAAGAGAUGCCAGUAUUUCUCUGUGGUGGAGAACUGCUCACCAACCAAAAGAGGAUCCUUCCUUGAGCAAUGAACAUUUCUUACAAGGAUUCACAGAUUAACACAUGACCAAUAUUGAUUUUGGAAAGUAACUAAGAUUUCUUUUUCUUCUUUUAAUUUAGUGGCAAGUUAUACUUGGAUUUUAAGGAAUCCUUUCCUGAUAACAUGUUUAGCACAAGUUCUAAACUGCAACCACAGCUAGUCAGAGCAUUAUUCAAACUUACAGAGUGGAAAAUUUAAUUUCCAGUUUAUUCUAGAUUAGAGUUACAGUGAUUUUGUGAGACCCUUCAUGAUUUCAUGUAAGUCUCCUAGAUCCAUUGAUAAAUAUACUUUUGUCAUCAUGAGGAACAUAGUUGGUGAAAACAACAACAGAAACAGAGCAAUUUGUGGCGUGUGGACGUUGUAUGACAACCAGAAUACCACUCCUUCCUGCUUCACACCGAUGAACCAGCCUGGCCUCUAAAUACCAGGCUUCUGAGAGCAAGCAGAAACAGAGAGGAAGGGCCUUCACUCUGGAUCACUUUGACGGAAAGCCUCCCAAGAUUAAGCCAAGUUCUCCCUGCAAGCUGCCAGAUCAUAGCUUAGGAAAAGAAUUAGGUUUGAGUGCAUGAUGAUCCGAUUAAGUAAAAAAGUCUUCACAGCGGUUGAUGUUGGUUGGAAUGCUUUUCUGAAGGUAUCUGAAGGAGAAUUUUAAACCCCAGAGUGAGCUGGAAGUAGUACUUAGAAAGUUGGCCCAGACUGUGGGCUUUAAUUUGGGGUACUGAUGAUUUGGGGGAAACGUGAACUAAAUCUUGAAGAAACUUCAUCCUCCUGUUUCUCUUUCAUCUUGCUGCUGAGCUGGGAUUGGGUGACUUUGUAAAACGCCACUGGGUAGAGGAUGGACCAGAAACUGAUGCUCUUUGAAGGGAUCGAGUCUGAGUGCAACUGUGAAGAUCCUUCUCCGGGGUUAAUUGUAUCACCACGGGAAGUGGUGCCUUGCAGACGCUGCAAGGUUGACACCAAACUUCCAUUCCUGGGCUCUCGGCUGGCUGGAGCAGCCCUUUACACCUUGUGACCACCAGUGAAGUACAACCUUUCCAGACAUCGUUGCUUUCCACAGGGACAUGAGGUGGUUACAGCCAGCGAGCAAUAAACGAAACGACACGGAAAUGCAUAGUGUUGUUCUUAAGGUGCCUGUUUUGUUGUGUGAGGAGGUCACAGACCGUAGGGACCAGGCUGUGGCCGUGAAGACAGAGGUCACAUACCGGUACAGUCAUGCUGCAGGUGGGGAACAAGACGGGUGUAGCGACAACAAUUUUAUUUUGAUAUUUUAGAAAGAAGCACACAACAGAGUUACAAUCCUGCAGUGAUGGCUUUUCUUUGAAUGUGUGGAAUAAAGCUUUAUUUGUCAAUCCUGCUGUAAUAUAA